GGCAUCGUCUGCGAAACACGAAGUUCGCCGGACGUGCAGUGGUAUAGGGAGUACAAUAGUAUAGACUAAAACCCUAGAAAAGAAGAAAGAAGUGUAAUGGAAAGUAAUUUGAGAAACCCGCUACAUCACACGCAAUAAAAGAGUUUUGGCAUUGUUUGAAGAAUAAUGGGUAGCUAUGUAGGAUAUAAAGAAGACCAGGAUGUUCAGCUCACUCCAGGAGACCAUGCUGUUGCUGGUGCUGUAAGUGGAAUGGUCACUCGAGCUCUUAUCCAGCCCCUUGAUGUUCUUAAAAUUAGGUUUCAGCUACAAAUUGAACCAACUACGAGGCAUGGCGGAGGGCUGUACCAUGGGAUUUUCCAAAGUCUUUUCACAAUUGCAAAAAGUGAAGGUCCUUCAGCACUCUGGAAAGGGCAUCUUCCAGCUCAAGCACUAAGUGUUGGAUAUGGUGUUGCACAGUUCUGGAGUUAUGCAGUUCUUACCAAGGCAGCCACUGAACAUGGUUUCCCACAUGGACUGUGUGGAGGACUUGCGGGAGUUUGUGGAACAUUGCUAUCUAUGCCAUGUGAUGUUUUACGUACCAGAAUGGUUGCACAAGGAACUCCAAAGUAUUACAGUGGCAUGAUGGAUGCAGCAGUGAAGAUGGUUCGGCAAGAAGGAGCUUUAAGCUUAUGGCGUGGGUUUCUGCCAACUGUUGCUAUGAAUGCUCCAAGUUCAGGACUCAUCUUCUAUUUCUAUCAUGUGUUUCUUGCACUUUCUAAUAACCUUAUUGGCGAUGUGAGCCAUCUUCCCUGGCUGAGCUGCAGCGCUGUGAGUGGCAUGGCUGCAGGUGUGUGCGCCAAAGUCAUUACCUACCCUCUUGAUGUUCUUAAAAAGAGAAUGCAGAUUCGAGGGUUUGAAAAUAACAGAAAGCAGUUUGGAAAGGUUAUUGUAUAUACAAAUGUAUGGAAGUACAUAUCAACUGUGAUGUAUGAAGAGGGCUUCCAGGCAUGGUUUAAAGGACUUUGGCCAAGCAUGCUCAAAAGUGGCUUGGCAACAGGUGUCAUAUUUGUUUCAUAUGAAGCCACCUGUUAUGUUAUUGCUGUUGCCCGUGGAAAGAAUACUGGUCCAGAAGACACCAGUACGUGAUAGUGAUAAUAUCUUUCUCUUUCUCUUUUUGAGGAAUCUCGAAUUCAGUCAAAAUUGUUUCAGAGUAAUGAAACCCUCAGAGAAAUUACCUUGUAGGUAAUACUUGUAUAUAUAGUUCUCAUCCCUCUAAAACAUAUGAACCCAGAUGUGGCAUAUUUUUCUAUACAGUCUUAAUUUUAUCCCACUUUUUAGGAAUUCUUUAAUGAUAUGUCAGAUUAUCUUAUUAGAUUAUGUUUCUGAUUCAGUUGAUAUUAAUUACUAUGGCAAUAUGAAUCCAAAUAUCUUGAAAACAGUUACCUGUGAUAAUAAUUUAGAAAACACAGAGAAAGAUUUCUUAGACAUAGGUUUUGUACAGUGUAUAUAUUUUUUGUGAAUAUGAUGAUGUUCAUCAUUUUGUGGAUUCUUUCAUAAUGUUGCAUACUGAAAAGGUAUGAUUACACAUAUGCUAUAUGCAGUAGUUAUGUCUGUAGGAUUUUAAUUAAAGGCUGCUCUAUGCAGACAUUUAGAGCAUA